AACAAGUAACAUCUUAACGCCUUGAUCCGGAGCCGUGCGCCGGUGCGCUGUGUCGGAGAGGCCGCCCCGGGAACGGGAAAUAAAAAACAACCCAUCGCUUCCUCGCUCUUAUUAUUUAUCACAUCUGGACAUUUGUAACGGGAUAGAUGAUCGUUUUUGAACAGCCUUUACUCGGGAUAUCUGUGUUUUGAGGCAAACUACUUGACAGCGACCUACAACUCUCUGAAAGGACGCAGCGCCCAAACCUCCCCAAAGGAAAUAUUGUUAAAUAAGAAAAUGAGUUUCGGGGCGAGCUGGUGAACCAGCGGUGGACACGAGGCGAGAGGACCAGCAGCCGCUGUCAGGCCUCCCAGAGACUGCAGAGCCGUCGACCAAUCAUGAUGAGUGUAGAGGGUGACGACAAGCGAACCCGCACUCGGUCCAAGGGAAUCAGAGUUCCUAUUGAGCUCGUAGGACAGGAGCUGAGCUGCCCCACCCCUGGAUGCAAUGGCUCUGGCCAUAUCAGUGGGAGAUACUCACGACACAGAAGCAUUCUGGGUUGCCCCAUAGCCAGAAAGCGCCGUCUGGAGGAGGCAGAGGCCGAGCAGGAGCAGGAGCAAGAGCAGGACCAGGAGACAGAGCGUCCCGCCUCCAAGAGAAAGUCACACCCCCUGAAACUGGCCCUGGACGAGGGCUUCAGCGCAGAGAGCGACGCCAGCAGCGAGGCUGAGGGCGAGGGAGAGAAAGAUGGAGAGAAAACAGGAGAUGCAAAGGAGGUGGAGGAGGUGGAGGUGGAGGACAGGGAGGCAGCUGUAGAAGAGGAGAAAGAGGAGGGGACAGAGGACAUGACACAGGAUGCACAGAUGAACAGACAUGAGGAGGAGACACAGAUGGAGGAGGAGGAGGAGGGGAGGGAAGAAGAAGAGACAUAUCAGAGGGAGGAGAACACAUUUGUAGCCGAUGAAGAAGAGGAGUGCGUGAUCAUCGAGCCCGAGCUUGGAGCAGCGCCACCUGCAACCCAGGAGUGUCAGUCUCCCUCCCGGAGCGCUGAGGAGGUGGCUAACUCUCUCCUCCACCUCGGCAGAGUCUCCGACAGCAUUGCUCCGACUGUGGCCACCCAGACAUCUGUUGCUGUGGAGGCUGAGGAGGAUGUCACCGUGGCGGCUGAACAGGGUGAAGAAGUCGAGGACGAGCAGGAAGUGGACAUAAAGGAGGAAAAGGAGGAGGUGGCACACAGAGUUCAAGCACCGGAAGAGUCAUCUGUUCUGCAGAAGGAGGCAGCUGAAGUGGAGGAGGAGGAGGUAGAGGAGGAGCAAGAAGAAUGCCCAGACAGGAGCAACCACGUGAGCCAGGAGAACCACCAGUACUUAACCGAAGAUGUCCACCAUGAACAGAUCAAAGAUGAAGAGGAGGAAGAGGAGGAGGAGGAGGAGGAAGACAUGGCAGGGCCAGCACAGGAAAGGCAGAGCACUCCAGCAGAAGAAGAGGAGGAUGAGGAGAAAGAUGAAAAAGACCACAGGGAGGUGAACCACGUUCUGCCCAUUCCCGAUGUGCCAACUGCCAUCCGCACCAUCACCAGCACUGCAGCAGCUCAGGGAACACACAUCAAGGCUGAAGACCACAGGACCAGUCCCCUGGAGGACUACAACUCACACAGAGCCAGUCCUCUUGAAAACUACAAUACCAACAGAGCCAGUCCGCUUGACAUGUACGACUCUCACAAACCUAGCCCGCUUCAAAAUUACAAAACCAGCCCUCCUUUAAGCUCCAGCUCCCACAGGGCCAGUCCACUGGAGGACUACUUCCCCAACCUCAGAGGUGAGAACUAUAAAAUCCACAAAACUGCAUCCUCUGCCUCUCCCGAUAUCAUCGAGGUGCGGUCAGAUAGGUCGGAGGAGAGAGACUUUGAUGACAUUGACGGGGACGACGAGCGCGAUGACGAGGACAGCCUGUCACAGCGCUCCACGGUGACGGACGAGUCGGAGAUGUUCGACAUCACCCGAGGGAACCUGGGCCUGCUGGAGCAAGCCAUUGCCCUGAAGGCAGAGCAGGUGAAGCCGGCCGGGCCCAGAGAGCUGCUCCGAGCCCCAGAUAUCCACCACCAGCGAUACUUCACCAUGGAUGACAGGCCCAAGCACCUGGACGUCAUCCGCAAGAGCUACUUCAGCAAAGAGAGCAGCAGGCCAGAGAAGAGGGAGAUCAAGUGUCCCACCCCGGGGUGCGAUGGGACGGGUCACGUGACCGGUCUUUACCCCCACCACCGCAGCCUGUCAGGCUGUCCGCACAAGGACAGGAUCCCCCCGGAGAUUCUGGCCAUGCAUGAGAAUGUGCUGAAGUGUCCAACACCUGGCUGCACCGGUCAGGGCCAUGUUAACAGCAACCGUAACACACAUCGCAGUCUUUCUGGAUGCCCCAUUGCUGCAGCAGAGAAACUGUCCAAGAGCCACGACAAGCAGCAUCUCUCUCAGCCGGGCAGCGAGCACCUCAAAGGAAGCCCCAACGACAGAGUGCUCAGCCCUACCCAGACAUCCUCUCACUCUCCCUUUCCUCCUCACAGGCCCAUGUGCUUUGUGAAGCAGCUGGAGGUGCCCCAGUACGGCAGCUACCGGCCCAACAUGGCCCCUGCCACGCCUCGCGCCAACCUGGCCAAGGAGCUGGAGAAGUACUCCAAGGUGUCCUUCGAUUAUGCAAGCUUCGACGCUCAAGUGUUCGGGAAGCGCAUGCUUGCUCCAAAGAUGCCCACCAGCGAAACCUCACCCAAAGCCUUCAAAACUAAGCCCUCUUUCCCCAAGUCACCAUCACCCAGCCUCAGUCUCCACGGUUACGGGAAGAGCUCCUCCUUGGCCUACGACUACUCCCACGAUGCCGAGGCCGCUCACAUGGCCGCCACUGCCAUCCUGAACCUGUCCACGCGCUGCUGGGAGAAACCUGAGAACCUCAGCACCAAACCCCAAAACAAGGAAAUGGAAAUUGAAGUGGAUGAGAAUGGCACCCUGGACCUGAGCAUGAAGAAGCCCAUCAAACGAGAGGGCAGUCUGUCCGGCACCAGCCCCGGGGUCCGCUCCCCGGACCCUUCUUCCUCCUCCUCUUCCUCGCUCCAUCACGGUGGAAGCAGUGGGAUGACAUCACCAAACUUACACAGCUACAAGCAGGAGGAGUGGGAAGGACCUCUUGAUUACACCAAACCCAACCGCCAAAGGGAGGAGGAAAUGGACGAGAUGGAGCACACUGGCCAGUCGUUCGUCUCGUCUGACCAGGAGGACUGUGACAUGAUGCAGGACUGUUUGGAGGAGAGGAAGUACCCCGGAGAGGUUACGACCCCAAGCUUCAAGGUCAAGUUCCAGCCCAAGGAUACCAAGAAAGAGCUGCUCUCGUGCCCCACACCUGGCUGCGACGGCAGUGGUCACAUCACUGGAAACUAUGCGUCCCAUCGCAGUCUGUCUGGGUGUCCUCUCGCUGAUAAGAGCCUUCGGUCCCUCAUGGCGGCCCACACCCCUGAACUCAAAUGCCCCACUCCAGGAUGUGACGGCUCAGGUCACAUCACAGGAAACUAUGCCUCCCACAGAAGUAUCUCUGGGUGCCCGCGUGCCAAGAAAAGUGGAAUUAAAACUCCUACCAAGGACAACCAGGAGGACUCCGAGCUUUUAAAAUGCCCUGUGCCCGGCUGCGACAGUUUGGGUCACAUUAGUGGGAAGUACGCCACACACCGUAGCGCCUACGGGUGUCCACUGGCGGCACGUAGACAGAAGGAAGGACUCCUGAAUGGCACACCCUUCAAUUGGAAGGCCUUUAAGACAGAGGGGCCUACCUGUCCCACCCCAGGUUGUGACGGCUCCGGACAUGCCAACGGCAGUUUCCUCACACACCGCAGCCUCUCAGGAUGCCCCAGAGCCUUGUAUGCCAAGAAGAAGGCCAAGUUCCCCUCAGAGGACUACCUGAGCACCAAGUUCAGAGCCAGUGAUGUUUUGGACAACGAUGAGGACAUCAAGCAGCUCAACAAAGAGAUUAACGACCUCAAUGAAUCCAACAAUGAAAUGGAGGCUGACAUGGUCAACCUGCAGACUCAAAUCUCAUCCAUGGAGAUGAACCUCAAGAGCAUCGAGCAUGAGAACAAGAUGAUCGAGGAGCAGAACGAGGCACUGUUCAUGGAGCUGUCCGGUCUCAGCCGCGCUCUGAUCCGCAGCCUGGCUAAUAUACGCCUGCCACACAUGCAGGAGCCAAUCACAGAGCAGAACUUCGACAGCUAUGUGAGCACCCUGACCGACAUGUACACCAACAAGGACUGCUUCCAGAGCCCCGAGAACAAAGCUCUGCUGGAGAGCAUCAACAAAGCUGUGAAGGGCAUCAAAGUCUGAGGCUCAACACACACACACGCAGAAUGCAAACUGUCCUGAAGCGCAGGAGCGUGACGGAGGUGGAGAUGAAGGAGAGAUGUUGAAAUACUCUACAAUAUAUUGAAAUAUGAUUCAAACAACAAAAAGGGAAUUCAGGUUAUUUAAAUAAACGGCAACUUAAAAGAAACAAAAAAAAAUCAACCCAGGGAGCACUCUGUGAGAAGAAAAGUGACGCGGACCAAAAUCUACAACCAUGCUGCUGCUGGGAUUCGGAGCAGGAAACAGAUCCUUCAGUCAGAAUGGAUGGAGAAGAAGAAUAAUGUUACCCGAAACUGUAUCCGGGGGGUUUUAAUAUGCUGUAUGUUUACCUGUUGUCUCUUUUGUGUCCUUAACUGUUUUCGGAGGGUUUCACUGAUCAGUUUUUCACACUUCGUCAACUUGAGGAGCGUUGGAUUGCUUACAGGAGCUCAGCAACGUGAAGAGGAGGACGCCGCUGUCCUGUAGCGUACACUGUGGCGAGUGUGAAGCUCUCAUGACCACACACACAUACCCCGGCAAUAUGAAGCAUGGCACGACACUGCGUUUGUGUUUGCUUUACAGUAUUACUGCGGGGAAGAUGUCAACAGCGCAAUGUUGAUUCAGUUUAGGGGAAAAAAAAAAAUCUUCAAGCAAGGUCAUGAGAUGGAUCCAUGAACAGCGGAGGGUGUUUAUUUUUCACGGGACAGCUGAUAUCAUGAUUUCAUAAGCAGCAGAUCAUUUUUUUUAAACUGAAAUGAUAAUAGUAAUAGU